UCUCUACCCGAGAACAACCUCAACAACCAGCACCAUGUGUGGCUACUACGGAAACUACUAUGGCAGCAGAGGCUAUGGCUGCUGUGGCUAUGGAGGCCUGGGCUAUGGCUAUGGAGGCCUGGGCUAUGGCUAUGGAGGUCUGGGCUGUGGCUAUGGCUCCUGCUAUGGUUGUGGCUACCGUGGACUGGGCUGUGGCUAUGGCUGUGGCUAUGGUUAUGGUUCACGCUCUCUCUGUGGCUGUGGCUAUGGAUAUGGCUCUGGCUAUGGAUCUGGAUUUGGCUACUACUACUGAGGACACCAUUGGAGACUCUUACCUGCCCCAUUUGCAACUCCAGGAUUACCCAAUUCUCAACCCCACAUGUUUUGAACUUUACACUUGGAUGAAGAUGAUCCCACAGUGAUGAAGUCCAUCAUGGACUGGUAUUGACCUGCAUGAAGUUGACCCAUCCCAUGAACUUUCCUCUCAAGUGAAAUUCAGCUGCAAACUCACAGCUCUGCCACCAUCACAUUGAUAACAGAGCAAAAGC